GUUUGCUUCUUGCAACAUUUUGUACUCAUCGCUGGGAACAAAUGGACACAGCAUUGUAUAAAACCAACACUUCAACAAAAAACAGAGAAUUCUGCUGUCCCUCUCAGUGGUUUAAAGAUGAACCUGUGGCUGCUCCUGAUAUUCACUGCACUGGCUGAGUGCCGUUACCAAAGAAGAGGCGCCCACUCUUGCCCAGAUCUGUGCACCUGUUCACCUACAGGUUCAGAGGUAGAGUGCAGCCAAAGCUCUCUUACACAUUUCCCUGUAAAGAAUUUACCUCCCAGUACCACUCGACUAUCCAUCCAAUCCACCAAUCUCAGCACUAUUUCAGCCAGUCAUUUGAGUGCUGUGCCCCUUUUAGACAACCUUCAGCUGUAUCACAACAAAGUGGACCGUCUUCCUUCAGAUCUAUUAAGGGGCAUUCCUCACCUGAACACUUUGGAUCUUACGGGUAAUCAGCUGGUUCAUCUACCUCCAAAUGUCUUCAACCAUGCCUCACUGCGUAGCCUGGUGCUCAAAAAUAAUCAGAUUGAAAAAGUGGAUGCUGAGUGGUUUUCCAACAGCAGCAGCCUGACUUGGCUGGACUUGUCUGGGAAUCGUUUAACAGACAUACCAGCAGCUCUGCUUCAGAAGCUGCCACAUCUGGAGAAUCUAGACUUGAGUCAUAACAAUGUGCAAGACUUACAAAUAGAUGCACUGAAGAACCUUCCCUGUCUAAAGACACUUAAUCUUGCUGGUAACAAAUUAAGCUCCCUGGAACCAACAACUUUCACCCACAACCUGAAACUGUCCCAACUGUUUCUGCAGGAAAAUCAGCUCCAAGGGCUACCAGCGACCCUGCUUCAAGGUCUCCAACACCUUGAACUACUUCUGCUCAAUCAAAAUCAUUUGCAGCAUCUCCCCUCAGGCCUGCUGGAGGACAGGAAUCCCUCAUUUCAGGCGAUCUUAUCAGGGAACCCCUGGGUGUGUGAUAAGAAGAUGGAGUAUCUGUGGAAGUGGCUCACUGCUCAUCCCCAGAAUGUCAUCUUUGUGGAGGAGGUGAUGUGUGCUGGCCCUGAAGCUCUCAAACAUCGCCAAGUGGUCUCUUUAACUGACAGUGAACUUGGUCUUUAAGAUGAGACAAGAUUUCAAAUAAGUAAUAAGGAGGAGGUUACAAAUGUGGAUAUUUCCCUUGCUAAUAUCUCACAUCUCAUA